AUGACUGACAAGGGACAAUUCCAGAGUGGGCACGAGAUCCCGGUGACGCACCAGGAUUUCCCUGGAAAAGAGGCCAAAAUGCCAUAUCCUACACCACUGUUCGAUGAGAUCCCAACUAGCGAUGGCAAGAACCAAAAGUACAGAGCUGCCGGCAAGCUCAAGGGCAAGAAUGCUAUCAUCACAGGUGGUGAUUCUGGUAUUGGCCGUGCGACUGCCAUCCUGUUUGCCAUGGAGGGUGCCAACUCGCUGAUUGCCUAUCUGCCUGAGGAAGAGGAUGAUGCCCAAGAGACCAAGAAACGUGUUGAGCAGUACGGUCAGCAAUGUUAUCUCAUUUCAACCGAUCUGCGGGACCGCAAGAAUUGCCAGAAGGUGGUCGAUGAGGCCGUCAAACUAUUCAAUGGCCAGAUCGACAUCCUUUUCAACAAUGCGGCCUAUCAGAUGAUGGUUCCUGACAUCAAGGACUUGUCCGAGGACCAAUGGAUCCAUACCUUCGACACCAACAUCCACCCCUACUUCUACCUGGCCAAGUAUUCAUUGCCUCACAUGAAGCCUGGAAGCACCAUCAUCAACAAUGCAAGCAUCAACGCCUACACCGGCCGGCCUGACUUGUUGGAUUACACAUCGACCAAAGGCGCCAUCAUUUCUUUUACCCGUGGACUGAGCAAUCAGAAGGUUGGUCAGGGUAUCCGGGUGAAUGCUGUUGCGCCAGGUCCCGUGUGGACCCCCUUGAUCCCGUCGACGAUGAACGAUGACGCGCAGAAGCAAUUUACCAGCCCAAUGGGUCGGCCCGCACAACCGAGUGAGAUCGCAACCUGCGUUGUGUUCCUCGCGUCUACCGAUAGUUCGGCCAUCAGUGGACAGACGAUCCACUGCAAUGGAGGCACUGUUCUGAACGGCUGA